GUCAGAAGAAAGCGCAGUCAGGAUGCCUGAACCCGCCAAGUCGGCUCCGGCCCCAAAGAAGGGCUCUAAGAAGGCGGUGACCAAGGCGCAGAAGAAGGACGGCAAGAAGCGCAAGCGCAGCCGCAAGGAGAGCUACUCGGUGUACGUGUACAAGGUGCUGAAGCAGGUGCACCCCGACACCGGCAUCUCGUCCAAGGCCAUGGGCAUCAUGAACUCGUUCGUCAACGACAUCUUCGAGCGCAUCGCGGGCGAGGCGUCCCGCCUGGCGCAUUACAACAAGCGCUCGACCAUCACGUCCCGGGAGAUCCAGACGGCCGUGCGCCUGCUGCUGCCCGGGGAGCUGGCCAAGCACGCCGUGUCCGAGGGCACCAAAGCCGUCACCAAGUACACCAGCGCCAAGUAAACUUGCCAAGUAAGCGUGCUUAAACUUAA